CCAUGGCCUGCAACACCCUCUGCCGACCCUGCGGACCCACCCCGCUGGCCAACAGCUGCAACGAGCCCUGUGCCCUGCAAUGCCAGGAUUCCCGUGUCGUUAUCCAGCCUUCUCCUGUGCUGGUCACCCUGCCAGGACCCAUCAUGACCUCCUUCCCCCAGAACACCGCCGUCGGAUCCACCUCCUCGGCUGCCGUGGGCACUGAGCUCAGUGUGCAGGGACAGCCCAUCUCUGGUGGAUUUGGUGGCUUUGGUGGCUACGGCCUUGGCUACGGCCGUGGAUUUGGCUAUGGCUGUGGCUAUGGGCUGGGAGGCCUGGGCUGCUAUGGCAGAAGGGGCUAUGGCUACAACUGCUAAGGGCCCUCAGCACCACCGCUGACACCAACCACCCACUCCCUGGAACACAUCUCAGGCAUUGAGGACGCCUCUCUGGGUCAAGGCUCUCAAAUGGGCUCAGCACUUCCAGCUCCUGCUCUCAGGGCACCAAGCAAGGCAGCAGCCA